AUGUACACACCGUCUUACCAAACGACGACCAAGCCGCGUGGCAUCCUCCGUCCCCCCACCCCCCCUCCGUCGUCCACCUCUCGUCGCUCUUCGGUCUCGUCCACGGGCUCUUCCACCCCCUCUUCACGUCGUGUUCGCUUCGAUCGCCACGACACGACGCACCCGAAGACAGCCUCGAGCCACAAGGUGCCCCGUCGCUCCAGUCGUCACGAAUCUCAGUCACAGAAGGGCAAGCGCGGACCAUCAGUGUCCACGCGCCGCUCGGUGGCUCCCCUCCACGGGAAAACGCCCAGUAAGCAUUACGAGCGCAGGGUGCCGGACGAACACCGCAGGCACGAACACCGCAGGCACACGCAGCAAACGCCGAUGCCACACGGAUAUUACAUUAGGGGCCACGCGCCUGCGUACCACGGUCUGUAUCGACAUGGGUAUGGAAAUUAUCACACACACACGCAGGAGAUGCAUCGUCGUCAUCAACAGCAGCAGCAUUAUGCGCAGCUUUCGGCGAUGGCUGUGCAACAGCAAAUGGAUCAGAGGAGGCUAAGGAGGCAUCAGCAGCAGCAGAUUUACAUGUAUGAGCAGCAGCUGCAACAACAAUAUGGACGGCGUCAUCGUGGGCGCGCUUUCUAG